AGCAUGGUUCAGAAGGUAGCCGUGAUUGGCGCAGGGAUUUCAGGCUUGACCAGCAUCAAGUCCUGCUUGGAGGAAGGGCUGGAGCCCACUUGUUUUGAGAGCGGCCCGGACAUCGGCGGUCUAUGGAGAUUCAAGGAGGAACCAGAGCCCGGACGGGCUAACAUUUACGAGACGGUGGUACUCAACACCUCCAAGGAAAGAAUGGCCUUCAGUGACUUCCCACCUCCCGCGCAGCUCCCCAACAACAUGCAUCACUCCGAGGUGCUGCUCUACCUGCGACUCUACGCGCAGAACUUCGGUCUUCUACCGCACAUCCGCUUCAAGACUGCCGUGGUAGGUGUGAGGCAGACUACAGAUUUUGACGUAACUGGACAAUGGGAGGUAGAAACCGAAGCGCUAGAUGGACGGCGACAAAGAGAGGUUUUUGAUGCCGUGAUAGUCAGUACAGGAUGCUUCACUACACCCCACCUGCCACUUAAAGAAUUUCAAGGUUUAGAAAGCUUCAAUGGCAAGUACUUUCACAGCUGGGAAUACAGGAACACUGACGGUCUACAGGGGAAAAGAGUAGUGGUCAUCGGGAUUGGGUCAUCCGGAGGCGAAAUUGCCGUGGAUAUUAGUCGAGUUGCUGAAAAGGUGUACCUAAGCUCCAGAAGCGGUGCAUGGGUAGUGAGCCGCGUGGGACCCCGGGGCCUCCCAGUGGACAUGGUCCACAUCACCCGCAUGGAUAGGAUACUCCAAAAACUCUUUCCUUCUCUUAGCAACAAGAUGACGGAGAAGAUAUUCAACAAAGUGUUUGAUCAUGAGCUCUAUGGACUGAAGCCACGACACAGGAUUUUUCAGCAUAAUGUUGUGGUGAGCGACAACCUACCGGCUCAGAUCAUCUCAGGUCGUGUUCAAUUGAAGCCGAACAUCAAGCAAUUCUGCGGAUCUACUUUGGUCUUUGCAGACGGCAGUUCUGUUGAAAAGGUGGAUGUGGUAGUGUUUGCCACAGGAUACAACUACAGCUUCCCCUUCCUGCCUCUGGCCCUACAGGAGAAGUCAGGCCACCGCCUGUGCCUUUAUAAACAUGUCUUUCCACCCAGGCUCUCCAGACCCACACUGGCAGUGGUGGGCUUCAUCAGUGGGUUAGGGUCUUUCACGCCGUUGGCUGAAAUGCAGGCCCGCUGGGCUACCAGAGUUUUUAAAGGUUUAUCAAAUUUACCUACUGAGCAGACAAUGCUGGAUGAUAUUGCGACAGAAACUGAAACUAUGCACAAAAGGUAUGUCUGCUCUGAGCGAACCCCCAUCCAUGUGCCCUGGAUCCCGUACUUGGACUUUCUGGCUACUGAGAUUGGCGUUAGACCAAGCAUGAUGCGGCUUCUUCUAAGCGAUCCCAAACUGGCGUUGCAGGUGUUUUUUGGGCCAUGCACGUCCUAUCAGUAUCGACUGACAGGGCCGGGCCACUGGGAUGGGGCUCGCCAGGCCAUCUUCUCUCAGUGGGACCGAGUGCUUCGGCCAUUCAACAGCAAAGUGGUGCCGAAAGCCUUCAAGAUAAGAUUGGUACCGAGAAUGAGAAUAGCAUCCAAACUGAGCAUGGUGCUAUUCUCCGGUGCAGCCCUGCUUUAUGGCUCAUUCAACAAUAUAUGAUGGACUGCUAAAGGUUUACAACUGUGUAUUGUUUAGUGCAGGGGUCGGGAACCUAUGGCUUGCGAGCCAUAUCUGGCUCUUUUGACGCAUAAGUUAGGGUUGGGCCGCAUCUGGCUCGCAGACAAAUCUUUAUUUAAAAAAAAAACAAAAAAAACCUUCGUUAUACUCCUUUGCGCAUUGCGCAAAACUGCGACGAUCCCCGGCGACUAGAAAGCCGGUUCGCAGUUAUUUUAGUGGGAAAGUGGCAAACAUACAUGUCGUUGUGUCUAUCUAUUGAUCUGUCUAUCAAUCGCAUUGGCAACGCAGAUGAGGCAGAGACACUGAUCGAGUGGGUUCGCCGUAUUUUGCUGUCAAAAAGAGCGGCCGAUGUGCGCAUGUGCGUAGUCAUUUUCCCACGGUUUUAGUUUUGUUUUCCCCGCUAAUUUUAGAAACCCUUUUGAGAAGAUGGCAAAAAGAAAAAAAGAUGAGGAGUAUCGUACUUUUCAGCAGGAAUGGACAGAGGAAUUUGCCUUUGUGGAGAGAGCAGGUUCUGCUGUGUGUCUAAUAUGCAAUGAUGAAAUUGCAUCUAUGAAAAGGUCCAAUAGAAAGCGGCACUUCGACACCCGCCAUACUACAUUUGCAUCGAAAUAUCCGGCGGGGGACAACAGGAAGAAAGCAUGUCAAGAGUUUCUAUUAAGAGUGCAAGCUAGUCAGCAGCAACUCCGUGUUUGAACCAAACAAGGUGACUGGAAUUCGGCUAGCUUUGCUGGCGCUUUAGCAAUUGUGAGAAACGGGAAGCCAUUCACAGAUGGGGAGUACGCCAAAGCAUUCAUGCUUGAUGUUGCCAAUGAACUUUUUGACGACUUUUCGGAUAAAGACAAGAUUAUUAAACUGAUAAAAGACAUGCCCCUGUCAGCAAGAACUGUUCUCGAUCGUACCAUCAUGAUGUCAAAUCGAAUUGAGGCAACGCAUGAAGGACAUAAAUUUGGCUCCAUUUUUUUCACUCUCUUUGGAUGAGUCAACGGACGUAAGCAAUUUAUCACAGUUCAGCGUGAUCGCAAGGUAUGUUGUCGGUGACACGCAACAUGAGAAAAGUCUGGCAGUUUUGGCUAUGCAAGGGACAACAAGAGGGGAGGAUUUAUUCAAGUCCUUUAUUGAGUUCGCUAAAGAUAAAAAAAUCUACCAAUGGACAAACUUGUUUCGGUGUGCACUGAUGGUGCUCUGUGUAUGGUUGGAAAAAACACAGGAUUCGUGUCGUUUCUUCGUGAACAUGAAAAGAGACGUAUCCUAAGUUUCUCAAUGCCUGCAUGACGCUUAACCUCAUAAAGUAUCAACCAGACUACAAAGCCAUCAGCAACACUAUGCAGCACCAGAAGUCGAAUUAAUGGUAAAAAAUAUUCAUCAUUAAUUAGCAACAUCAUAACAACGAUAUUAAAAAGAAUUUAGAGACUUAUUGUACUUUAAAAGUGUUGAAAUUACAUAAAAUGCACACAUUAGUUGUAUUCUUAGUUUUAAACUAAUUGUAUGGCUCUCACGGAAUUACAUUUAAAAAAAUGUGAUGUUUAUGGCUCUCUCAGCCAAAAAGGUUCCCGACCCCUGGUUUAGUGUAUACUGUAAGUCCAGUAGUGAUAUUAACUCCUGUGAGUAAACCUUUUGGGAGACAACAUGUUUACUUAUUUUACAUGUGAGUGUGCAUGAAUGCCUGUCUAUGGUCUGUUAUAACGAUAGAUAAAACUUAAAAAUCAAACAAAUUUAGAAAUCAAUAAAUUUGUGAGAAGAGAGGAGUUCACCGCAACUUUAUGAGUUUCUUUCCUGUCUUUGGACACAAAAUAAUCUACUCAUUCAUAUAUAAAACUUUAAAGUUGUUAACUAUCGCAAUAUAUCAGAGAGGAACUACCAGCACUGUUGCCAUUGAAGAUGCUUGGUAAAUUACAUUGACAUGGCAACUCAUACAGGAGAAGCUGUUGGACCAGGGUUCUGAACUUUCUCACGUUUUCUCACGUAUUUUGGCCAUUUUCAUGCACUAUGCCACACCUUACAUUUCUCAUACUCAAAAAAAAAAAAAAGGAUAUACUUAACACAACCCAACAACCUAAAACCAGUAUUUGCUAAGAAUGUUACAUUUAUUAACGCUGUCAAACCAGUUGAAAGUGCACAACAAUAAAUAUGUGCAAGAGAAUAUUAAUUCAACAUCACAAACAUCAUGUUAACCCAGUUAUUUGCUAUCUGUCCCUCAAUUCUCCUGGGUGAUAUUAAUCUGCACAUUGACAGCACAAACAAUAAACUGGCCACUGAAUUCCUUGAACUGCAACAAUGUCUGAAUUUCACACAGCAUAUUAACUUCCCUACACACAGUCAUGGUCACAUCUUGGAUCUAGUCUGCUCCGCCAGUCUUAAUAUCCAGCAGUUAAACAGCUACAACCUACACAUUUACGAUCACUUGGACAUUGACAUUCCUAUCCACAUAACGAAGUGCAAUUAGGCUGCUAAAUUUGCAAAAUUCUUGCACCGAGAGGUGAAGCUGUUCAUAGCAUUUUUAAAUUGUGGUCUUUGUUAUUUUAUGUGUAUGUGUUAUCUGUUGUUGUAAGAUAAGGAAAGAAUAAACUUGAACUUGAUAACCAAGCAAAAUCGUACCAUAACCUUAAGAAAUCUUAAAUGUAUCUCUCACACAGCUUUAUCAGCCUCAUUCACCCACUAUCUAACAACCCCACUGUCCUGGUAAAUUACUAUGACACCAUACUGUUCCUGCUUAAAUCAGCUUGCCCCUCUCAAAACAAAAACAGUUUCCUUCACUCAUUCUGCACCUUGGUCGACGCCUACACUCUGCCUGAUGAAGACCCGGAUAAGACAACUUGAAAGAAUACAUAAGAAAACCAGUUAAACAGUUCAUCUACUAGCAUACAAGUACCAUUUCCAGUAGAGCUGGGCGGUAAACCGAAAAUUUACCGUCACCGAAAUUCUUCACGAUGACCGACGUAAUUUUGACCAUGUCGGUAAAUUCGGUAAAUUAAUAAAACAAGAAAAUAGUCUUUUCAUCCCGCUUUGACUGUUGUUCGCCUAUGUUCAUUCCCCUUUAAGAAAGCAGUGAAUGUACUCACGUAGGGAGUCGCGUGAUCAUCAGGAAGCCAAUCAAACAGAAGCCCGGUAAGCUAACGCUAGCAGCUAAUGCUACAAGCAAAACGUGAUGGAGUGUGGCUUAAGGGAGGUUCGCCAAACUUUCACCCGACAUUUAAUAGACUCUUGGUGGCAUCCAGACGGGCUUUCACCCGCUGUACUCCCUUGUUCUCACGAUUUCCGGAGAUGGUGCUUUCAUUGCUUUCUACUGGUAGCCAGGCCACAGGCUAACGCUAGCGCCUAACGUUAGCGCCUAACGCUAGCGGCCGCUACCGGCUAACGCUAGCGCCUAACGCUAGCGGCCGCUAGCGGCUAACGCUACAAAUGAACGUGAUGGAGUCGGAUAGCGGCUCUAACCUUGUCGAUACGGCUGAACUUAAUGAGUGGAUUGGGCACGGACUGCAUCUAGCAAUUACUAUGUCGCGUUAUUUUGUAUCUGACUGUGUGUGAUUUCUCUGAUAGCUUUUGUGAUGGUAAAGCAUUCAGAAUUAAGCACAAUCCAACGGUGAAACUUAUAAUAUGACUGAGAAAUGGCCCCAGCUAUUUUUCUGUAUGUGCUUAAUUCUGUGUCAUUAUUGCUAUCAUAAAAUCUUAAGUGUUUCAUUUGCAGAAGAUCAAUAUAGCUUUAAUGUGUGUCUGUCUGUCUGU